UCUCAGUACACUAUGCACUCACCAAAUAGCAUCAUGGCCUCUUGCACCAGAAGCACACACCCUAUGCCUCGGCACUACUCUUUCGGGCUUUGGCUUACGAGCAUUCUUUUGUUCACGGCGGCAACAACGCCGACGACGAAGGGGUGCGUAGAGGGCGAGAGGGACGCCCUCCUCGACUUCAAAACCGGCAUCGUCAAGGAUCCUUCCAGCCGUUUGUCAUCAUGGCGAGGCCGAGUAGACUGCUGCAGAUGGAGCGGGCUGGUCUGUGACAACAGAACCGGCCAUGUCGUGGAGCUAAACCUCCAGAAUUCCAACCCUUAUAACUAUGAGACGUCUAUCGGAGGUGAGAUCAGACCAUCCUUGCUCCUUCUAACUCAUUUGGAGCGCCUCGACCUCAGCUACAAUGACUUCGGUGGGAUCCAAAUCCCGAAAUUUUUGGGUUCCCUUACCGAGUUGACGUAUCUCGACCUCUCCUCGUCCAACUUCAGCGGAGCCAUUCCUCCCCAGCUGGGCAACCUGUCCAGGCUCCGCUAUCUCGACCUAAAUUCACUAUAUGACUUAACGAUCGAUGGCCUGCACUGGCUCUCGCGUCUCACUUCCUUGAGAUACCUCGACAUGAGCUUAAUGAAACUUUCCAUGUCCUCCCACAAUUGGCUUCAAGCGGUGAACAUGUUGUCCUCACUAGAGGAGCUACAUUUACGAGACUGUGGCCUCACCAAUCUCCCCUCUUCUCUUUCCCAUGUCAACCUCACGACACUGGCCACUCUCGAUCUCCAUGGCAACCUCUUCAACUCCACCUUCCCCAACUGGCUAUGGAAACUCCACAACCUCUCUUAUCUUGAUCUCAGUUCUUCUAUGCUUCAUGGUGCCAUAUCUGCUGGGAUUGGAAAUUUGACUGGUCUAAGAGAACUUCAUCUUAGUGAUAAUUCACUUUCAGGUCCCGUGCCCACUGAGAUUGGAAUUUGUAAUAGUCUAAAACUUAUCGAUCUGCGUGAUAAUUCACUCUUUGGACCCAUACCUGCUGGGAUUGGGAAUUUGACUGGUCUAAGAUUGCUUUAUCUUGAUCAUAAUUCACUCUUUGGACCCAUACCUGCUGAGAUUGGGAAUAUGGCUGGUCUAAGAGGGCUUUAUCUUGAUCAUAAUUCACUCUUCGGAGUCAUACCUGCUGGGAUUGGGAAGUUGACUGGUCUAAGAGAGCUUCGUCUUAACGAUAAUUCACUUUCAGGUCCCAUACCCAUUGAGAUUGGCAAGCUUUCCAACCUCACCGUUCUUUCUCUCUCUACUAAUUGCCUAGAGGGCACCGUGUCUGAACUCCAUUUCGCUCGCUUAACCAAACUAAGUGAGCUCGAUCUAUCCGAAAACUCCCUAGUCAUCUCAGUAGACUAUAAUUGGGUUCCUCCUUUUCAACUCCAAUCCAUUCAACUGAAGUCUUGUAAGUUGGGGCCUGCAUUUCCAAGAUGGCUCCGUUCACAGAACUCCAUUGAGAAUUUGGAUUUGUCGAACACAAGCAUCGAGGACGUCUUGCCUGAUUGGUUUUGUUACAUUUCCGCUUUUUCUAUAAAUCUCUCCCAAAAUCAGAUUAAUGGUACUUUGCCAACUUUCUUGGAGCAAAUGACAAACCUAGCCACUCUGAAACUAAGUAUGAAUUUGCUUGAAGGCCCUAUUCCUCGUUUGCCACCUUACUUGCGUUAUUUGUAUCUGUAUAAUAAUUCCUUUUCGGGAUCGUUGCCAUCAAUCUCUCUCCCACUAGAAUUGGAACUGUUGGAUCUCUCACAUAACCAUAUUAACGGGAGUAUACCAUCAUUUAUGUGUGACUUGAGACAACUUCAUAUUCUCGAUCUAUCGGACAACCAAAUAUCAGGUGAAAUCCCUUGUUGUUGGCAGGUGCCAAACUUCCUUUCCUACAUUAAUCUGGCAAAUAAUAAGCUCUCGGGAGAAAUUCCUAGCUCUAUUGGAAAAAUGACGCUACUCGAGUCUUUGCACUUAAACAAUAAUAGUCUGCAUGGCCAUCUUCCAUUGUCAUUGAAAAGUUGCAGUAGACUAAUUUUUCUUGAUCUUGGCGAUAAUAAAUUAUCGGGUAGCAUACCUACAUGGAUUGCACGAAAUUUUCGAAACCUAAAGGUACUCCGGAUAUGCUCAAAUAUGUUUUCCGGAAACAUCCCUGCAGAGCUUGGACAACUUUUCUAUCUACAUGUUAUCGACCUUGCUAAUAAUAAGUUAUCAGGGCCAAUUCCACGCUCCUUUGGCAGAUUAGAUACAGCAAUGACUUAUUGGCGACGACAAUUGACUUGCCAAAACGUACCACUGGUUUAUCGUGCAUCGAUAAGGGAUUGUCCUCUUUCGGCACCUUUUGGUGACAUUUAUGAUGAUAGCAUCACCUUGACUACAAAGGGAAACAAUUUCAUCUUUUCAAACAUUCUUUACCUUGUCAACAUUAUAGACCUUUCAAAUAAUAACUUGACAGGAGAAAUCCCAGUAGAAAUUGGGUCUCUUUCAGCACUACAAACUUUAAAUCUAUCAAAAAACAAUUUUGUCGGCCAAAUUCCAGAGGCAAUUGGUGGCAUGAAGUCAUUGGAAACUCUGGAUCUGUCAUUCAAUAAGUUAUCCGGAGUCAUUCCUCAAAGCUUUUCGGCGUUGAAUUCUCUGAGCCACUUGAAUCUGUCUUACAACAAUCUAUCGGGAGCGAUUCCAUCGGGGAAUCAACUUCGGACGCUGGAGGAUGCAUCCAUUUAUAUCGGAAAUGUCCAUCUCUGUGGACCUCCGGUGACCAAGAGUUGCUCCGACGAUCCCAACGUCGAUUCGACGGAGGAGGAGUAUGAACAAGGAUCUCAUGUGCUGUCAUUUUACUUUGGUACCGGGCUCGGAUAUUUGGUCGGCUUAUGGAGUGUGUUCGUGAUCAUGCUGUUCAAGAAAGAUUGGAGGCUCUUCUAUUUUGCAACGAUGGACAAGAUGUACGACAGAGCUUAUGUGGCAAUCAAGAUAAGAAUGCGAAAUUGGCAUGGCGCUGCUGGUCGAAUGUGAUGCAAGUUUCUUUCGUUGUAUAAGUUUGAUCCACUUCAUCUGUCAAAAAUGAUCUCGAUUCGAAGAUUAUGAAAUGUUAAUCUCAAACUCUUUUUCUGUUC